CGCGGAGCCGAGACCGAAAUCUCCGACGAUGCGGACAGGACCCUCCCGCCGUCAUCUCCUCUUCGUCGCGUCCCUCUGGCUCCUCGCCGCGGCCCAGGCAGCUCUCGGAAAACGUGUCUGGAACAGGUUUGCCUUGCAAGGGAAGACCUUCAACCAAAGCUCGGCCUAUGCAACGGAAGUGGUCCCCGAUGUAUGCACGUGCAGGAGAAGGUGCUUCGUGCAGCGCAAGUGCAAGGCCUGGACCACCUUAACGAACAGGAAACGGCAAAUAGAAUGCAGCUACAGGGAGUACGGGCCGAUCCAAACCUCGUUCCUUGAUCUACCCAAUGCUCUUUAUGGUUUUAUGGAAGGUGGGUCGACUGUCAGGCUGAUGGUUACUGGCUUUUGA